AUGGUUAAGCAUUUCUUCCUUUGUUUGUGUUUUUCAUAUCUGUUCUCUUCGGUUAUCUCCAGGGAUCACUGGCACAAGCGUCGUAAGACAGGAGGGAAAAGGAAACCCUACCAUAAGAAAAGGAAGUAUGAGCUGGGUCGCCCUCCUGCCAACACAAAGAUCGGUCCCCGUCGUAUUCACACAGUGCGCGUGCGGGGAGGCAAUAAGAAAUACCGCGCGCUGAGACUGGACAGCGGGAACUUCGCCUGGGGCUCAGAGCGUUGCACUCGCAAAACCAGGAUCAUUGAUGUUGUGUACAAUGCCUCCAACAAUGAGCUUGUGAGAACCAAGACCCUGGUGAAGAACUGCAUUGUUCUGGUGGACAGCACACCGUUCAGGCAGUGGUAUGAAGCCCACUACGCCAUUCCACUGGGCCGCAAGAAAGGGGCAAAGCUGACUCCAGAAGAGGAGGAGAUCUUGAACAAGAAACGGUCAAAGAAGGUUCAGAAAAAGAUUGAUGGACGCAGGAAGAAGAGCAAGAUUAGCAGUUUGCUGGAGGAGCAGUUCCUGCAGGGCAAGCUUCUCUCCUGUAUUGCGUCCAGGCCCGGCCAGUGUGGCAGACCUGACGGAUACAUCUUAGAAGGGAAAGCGCUGGAGUUCUACCUCCGGAAGAUCAGAGCCAAGAAAGGCAAAUAGCCUCAAGCAAUAUAACCAGAGCUCCACAGUGUGAGCAUUUACGGGUGAAAAUGAUUGUAUGAAUGUGAAAAAUUAUUUGGGUUACCAGCGUGAAUGAUUUCUGACAUCUAGUUACUUCCUAACGGCUUACAAAAUUAGUUUUUAGGUGAUUAGGAAGUAACUAAUUUCUUU